AUGUUGCUCCGGGGAGUCCAUCUGCUUGGCCUGCAGCUUUCCCUUGCCGUCUGCUGGACUCCUGACUGCCACAGGGCUGAAACCUCUCCCGACUUUAGCCUCCGGGGGGAUUAUCUCCUUGCAGGCCUAUUCCCUCUCCACUCUGACUGUUUGCAGGUGAGACACAGACCCCAGGUGACCUUCUGUGACAGACCGGGCAGCUUCAACGGCCACGGCUACCACCUCUUCCAGGCCAUGAGGUUUGCCGUGGAGGAGAUCAACAACGCCACCGGGCUGCUGCCCGGCGUCCGCCUGGGCUACGAGCUGUACGACGUGUGCUCCGAGUCGGCCAACGUCUACGCCGCGCUGAGCCUGCUCUCGCGGCCCGGGACGCGCCACGUAGAGAUCGGGGGCGACCUGUCCCGCUACGCCCCCCGCGUGGUGGCCGCCAUCGGGCCCGACACCACCGACCACGCCGUCACCACCGCCGCCCUGCUCAGCCCCUUUCUGGUGCCCCUGAUCAGCUACGAGGCCAGCAGCGUGGCGCUCAGCACCAAGCGGCUGUACCCCUCCUUUCUGCGCACCAUCCCCAGCGACCAGCACCAGGUGGAGGUGCUGGUGUUGCUCCUGCAGAGCUUCGGCUGGCUGUGGUUCUCCCUGGUGGGCAGCCACGGCGACUACGGGCAGCUGGGCGCGCAGGCGCUGGAGGAGCUGGCCACCCGGCGCGGCCUGUGCGUGGCGUUCAAGGGCACCGUGCCCGCCUCUGCCAGGGCCGGGGACGAGCGGAUGCGGGACCUGAUGCUCCGCCUGGCCCGGGCCAGGACCACGGUGGUGGUGGUGUUCUCCGGCAGGCAGCUGGCCGCAGUGUUCUUCGAGUCUGUGAUACUGGCCGACCUCACUGGCAAAGUGUGGAUCGGUUCAGAAGACUGGGCCAUCUCCACCUACAUCACCCGCGUGCCCGGGAUCCGGGGCAUUGGGACCGUGCUGGGGGUGGCCAUCAAGCAGAGGCUCAUCCCUGGCCUCCGGGAGUUCGAAGAGGCCUACGCCCGGGCGGAAAAGGGCAGCCCUAGGCCUUGCCCUACGGGCUCCUUUUGCACCACCAACCAGCUCUGCCGAGAGUGCCACACAUUCGGGGAACACGAGGCCCCCAAUCUGGGAGCCUUCUCCAUGAGUGCCGCCUACAAUGCCUACCAGGCGGUGUACGCCGUGGCCCACGCCCUCCACCAGCUCCUGGGCUGCUCUGCGGGAGCCUGCUCCGGGGACCCAGUCUACCCGUGGCAGCUUCUAGAGCAGAUCUACAAAGUGAACUUCCUUCUACACGAGGACACUGUGGCCUUUGACGGCAACGGAGGGCCCCUCCCCAGCUAUGACAUCAUCGCCUGGGACUGGAGUGGGCCCCAGUGGACCUUUAGGGUCGUUGGCUCCUCUACAUGGUCUCCAGUUCAUCUGGACCUAAAUAAGACGAAAAUCCAGUGGCAUGGGAGGAACAAGCAGGUGCCUACGUCCGUGUGCACCCUGGACUGUCGUGAAGGGCACCGUCGGGUGGUCAUGGGCUUCCACCGUUGUUGCUUUGAGUGCGUGCCCUGCGAAGCUGGGACCUUCCUCAACAAGAGUGACCUCCACAGGUGCCAGCCAUGUGGGAAAGAAGAGUGGGCACCCGAGGGAAGCCAGACCUGCUUCCCCCGCACGGUGGUGUUUCUGACUUGGCAUGGGCCCGUCUCGUGGGUGCUGCUGGCAGCGAAUACACUGCUACUGCUGCUACUGAUGGGGACUGCUGUUCUGUUUGCUUGGCACCUCAACACCCCUGUGGUGAGGUCUGCUGGGGGCAGGCUGUGCUUCCUCAUGCUGGGCUCCCUGGCGGUGGGGAGCUGCAGCCUCUACGGCUUCUUUGGGGAGCCCACUCUGCCCACGUGUUUGCUGCGUCAGACCCUCUUUUCCCUUGGCUUCGCCAUCUUUCUGUCCUGCUUGACAAUCCGCUCUUUCCAGCUGGUGAUCAUCUUCAAGUUUUCCACCAAGGUCCCCGCCUUCUACCACGCUUGGGUCCAAAACCAUGGUGCCGGCCUGUUCGUGACGGUCAGCUCCAUGGCGCAGCUGCUCAUCUGCCUCACGUGGCUGGCAGUGUGGACCCCGCUGCCCGCCAGGGACUACCAGCGCUUCCCCCAGCUGGUGGUGCUCGAGUGUGCCCACGCCAACUCGCUGGGCUUCCUGCUGGCUUUCACCUACAACUGCCUCCUCUCGGUCGGCGCCUUCGCCUGCAGCUACCUGUGCAAGGACCUGCCGGCGAACUACAACGAGGCCAAAUGCGUCACCUUCAGCUUGCUCCUCAACUUCGUGUCCUGGAUCACCUUCUUCACCCUGGCCAGCCUCUACCAGGGCAAGCACCUGCCCGUGGUCAACGUGCUGGCCGGGCUGGCGGGCCUGAGCAGCAGCUACGGCGGCUACUUCCUCCCCAAGUGCUACGUGAUCCUGGGCCGCCCCGAGCUCAAUAACACCCAGCACUUCCAGGCCUCCAUCCAGGACUACACGCGGCGCGGCGGCUCCGGCUGA